AAGAAGAAGAGCAGCCGCCACCCUAUCAAAACAAUGGUGCGUCACAGUCUGACAGUCUCGUGAUAAAGGAUAAACUAAAGGAAUUAAAGUAACCACGGCAGGACAGACACCUCCUUAAUCACGAGGCUGCGGCGAGAAAGGGCGGGAGGGAGAGGAACUUAGGAAGACAGGAACGUCGUAAAGACCAGCAGCAGAGAGAGGAGGAAGGAGUGGCCAGCCCCGUGACAGUGAGGGAUGACAGAUAGUGGAACGCCAUUCAGAAGCAAGGUGUGUGGAUAAGCAGAGGUGCCACAAAGCGCUACAGCCAAGAGAAGGAGUAGCCAGCUGUCCUCCCCAGGCCACAUGAGCGCUGCCACGUCAUGCCCGCCGAGGACCGCUGGCUGACGGACUACAGUACAGUGGAGGGAGUGGUGCGGGAUGUGACGGAGACGGUAACAAAGAGGCGGCAGGCAGGCGUGGGCACCGUACAGCACGCAUUGCUCUCCAACAAGCUGAGGACGGCCAUCCCUCAGGUGGACUCCCAAGUAAGUGACCUCAUCUCCCGCCUCGACUCCUGGGAGCUGCGCGACAUCACCCCGGCUGAACGUGAGAGGCGGACACGGCUGUGUGAGCGCCUACAGAGCACUAUCAAGAAGGCACACAUGGACUUCACAGAGAGGAAGGAGCCCGUGGGAAGGGGAGCGGGGGGCAGUGUGGGCUGGGGCUGGGGGGUGGAGGAUGAUGACGAUGAUGGGGAGGCCAGCCGGCCCCUCACCACCAGCCAGAUGAGGGAGGACCAGCAGCGGCUCCUCCGAGAACAAGAAGACGGGCUCGAGGCUCUCUCCGGCGUGGUCUCUCAGCAGCGCCGGAUUGCCUCAGCGAUCGGGACGGAGGUUGUGCAGCAGAACGAGCUCCUGGAUGACGUCACCCAGCGCACGGACAACACUCGUAACCGCCUGGUGGAUGAGACUGAGAACAUCACAACCACCACACAGAAGAGUCGAACCUGGCCGUACUGGCUGGUGAUAGCAGGACUCUUAGCAGCCAUUGUGAUUGUGUUGGUGUGGUAGGCUGACUCCCUUAUCCUCCCCUCCAAUCUCCUGUCUCCCCUGCCUGCUGUGUGGGCUUUCAGCAGGGCAGGAGGGAGGGAGAGAGGGAGUGACAGUACCCCCACACACACUUCACCUCACAUUUCCUCGGCCUAGUCACCCACUCAAGCUGUGAGGGGUGGCAGGGGGAGUUACGGUAAGUUGUGAUCAUUUAUUGUGGUGAGGGAGGACAGCUGUAUAUGUCUUCAGUAUCUCCUAGUUCUUACCUGCCUUUCAACAAGAGGUUCCUCCCCCACAACACCUCCAGUAGUCACACAUCCUCAUUCUGUGCACACGCGCUCACACUUUUCACGCAGGGUCCAAUCCACGUCAUGCAAGUCCUCAGGCAUGCUUAGAGUGUGUGUGUUAGCAGCAAGGGUUCACAGAGGGGUCAAUUUCAUUCCUCCAGUGCACAAUUGUGUUUCUCUUGGCCCUUCAUGCAUACCUACAUGUUUCCAGUGCACUUGUUUUUUGGUCUUCAUUCAGAUGCAGUCUAGCAGUGUUUAUUUUAGCUUUUCCAUACAUUCCUUGAGCCACACACGCUGUCUGAUCCGCCCGCCACACUCGGCAUCUAAAACACCGGGAUUAACACGGGUCAUCACGUGUGUAGAUCCAUUGAUGACCCAAGUAUUAUACACACUGACCUCACUAUUAUUAUUACACACCUGUAAUGAAGGUGUUGGCAGGAAAGUUUUAAAUUAUAUUUUGCUUUCUUUUGUUGCCUAAGGCAAACUAUAUUGUAUAUUUCAUCUUUGUUUCAAAUGUUGUAGUUUAGUCAUUUAAGUCAUUAGUUUCAUGGACAACAUUACUCCUGUAAAUGAUUUUUCAUCUAUCGAAGCUGCCUGAAAGAUCUGAACACAAAACCACCAUAUUGAUGAUGAUGAUGACUAUUAUGCAACUUAUGGAGGGAUUUACGAAACAUUACAAGGGCACAGCACAGGCUGCUGAUGUUGUUGCCUUGUGCAGUGCAGUAGUGUCCCAGGGAGCAAGAAAUCAAAUGGCACACUUUAUGAGCAGAGCAAGAUGUUCAAUGUUCAACCAAGGAUAAAUGAAACAGAGUCACACAAUGGAAAGGCAGAUGGCAAGGCCAAACCAUGACAUCACUGCAUCGCAGGUGCUGCCUAGCUUGAAGUAAGAUAAUGCAAGCUUUUGUUUCUGUCUAAUUCUUGCCCUGUUUGGAACCCUACUGUGUCACUGUAUAGGUUAAUGAGAAACAAGAAGGUAUAAAUAUGAACUAUCAUCUAACUUCAAAGUGCAAAAAAAAUCAUUAUUGUCACAGUUGUUCAGCUUUGCUCCUCUUCCAUGCCAUGAAACAGCCAGUGCAGCAGUGCUGUUCUGUCUGCCGGUGUUUUGUGAACAUGUGAUGUAUAACAUGACAUUAUUACAGAAUAAAAUGUAAGAAUUUC